UUUGUAUAAAAUGGCGUCAGCGGAGUUUUUAGAGGAAGCUUUGUCCUCAGACGUCGACGAGAAAGCUGUAAACGCGAUCGUGGGCACAUUAGAAAACCAGUUGGUCACAUCUGUGCCAUCGGUGUCCCAACAAAACACCAUAGUUAAUAUAAUUUCCUCACAGUUCCCAGGCUUAGGGUCGGGCUCGAGUUCUAUGAUACCUAGUCAAAAGUGCGUUGCAGACUCGUCGACUACUGGUGUUACGAGUAGUAUAUAUUCGUCAGGGACCACUAAUCCAAGUGUUUCGUGUAAUAAUGCGCGUCCUAGUACGCCAAGUACUUUCACGCCAAUAACGUUGACUGGUGGUGUAUCUAGUUUCAACGAAAACAUCCAAGUGAUAUAUACUGAGGCGCAGAGUUUAAGCAACCCUAGCUCUGUGACGUUUCCCGCUCAGCCGCUGUCGAACGGUUCGCUGGGGUUGCCGCCUUCGCAGUGCCACAUAAUCAGCACGGUGGUGCCAUCGGACAAGGGAGUCGCCAUGCAGCCGCCGCUCGUGUUAAAGCAGGGCAGCGGCACCGGCCAGGUGGGCAUGCAACCCGGUAUGGUAACGGUGCCCAUGACCGUCAAUUCGAGCAUGCCCACCUCCAUACCUAAUGUGAUGACGCUGAAUAAACCCGGCGCCCAGAAUGUCGUAGUCACCACGCAGAACUUAGGCUCGGCGCAGCCCGCCAUCAUCCCCAAUGUUCAAAUUCUAAACAUGAGGCCAGGGGCGCCGGCGGUGGCCGCUCAGAAGUCAGUAGCGACAGUGUCACCGCGGGUGGUCAUUGGAACACCUCAAGUUGUGGGUACGAGGGCGGCAGCACCUGGCAUAACGCUGCAAACUCUGCAAAGUCUACAACCGGGGCAGCAGGGUCAUUUGUUGUUAAAGACUGAAAAUGGUCAAUACCAGUUGCUGAGAGUGGGUCCCGCACCGGCGGCCAGCACUCUCACGGCGCCCCAGCCUCAGACCAUCCGGCUGUCGACCGUGCCGGCACACCCGGGAGUGGCGACGGUGUCGACGAGCGUGGCGCAGGGGCCCAUUCCGGGGCAGAUGCCGGCGGCGCCUGUCGCUACGCCGGUGGUACCCGCAUCCGUGGGCAACGUGGCGCCCGUCACCCCGCCGCCGCAGCCGCCCACUGUCACUACAGUAAAACCGUUGGACAACACAAAGGAGAAAUGCAGAAACUUCAUGGCGAAUUUACUGGACCUAUCCAGCAAGGAGCCGCCGUCGGUGGAGCGCAACGUGCGGAACCUCAUACAAGAGCUAAUCGACGCGUUAGUGGAGCCCGAGGAAUUCUGCGUGAGGCUUGAGAGGCUGCUCAACGCAUCGCCGCAGCCGUGCCUUAUUGGGUUUCUGAAGAAAAGUUUGCCGCUACUGCGUCAAUCGCUAGUCAACAAAGAGCUUGUGAUCGAGGGCAUUAAUGCGCCACCUCCGCACGUGGCGUUCUCCACUCUGCCUGCGCCCGCGCAGCCUGUCAUGCCUACCACAAACGUGCCGAUGGUAGGAACGGCGUACAACCCCUUUCCGUUGGAGGAGGAUGGCGCGACCCUCACGCCCCUCCUGCCGCCCGUGUUGCCCCUCGCGCCGGCGCCCUCCCUCGUCUCUACUGCCAAAACCAUUAACGCUAUGUCCAUGCAGCCCAACAUGCAACCGCAGAAGCCGCCACAGAAGCCGGGCAGCACCAUAGCCGUGUUGCAAAACAUACCGGUACACACAAAGAUCAAUGUGAGCAAAGUGAGUGGAGGCAAAUCGAUGACGGUGAACAGCAAGAACACGUUCCCUCGGGCGGGGGCGUCGUCGGCGGCUCUCUCCACAGUCCUCACUCCUGGCAAGUCUCUGCUGAAGGAGAAAGAGAAGAAGUCUCAGUUCUCGUCGCAGCCGUACGCGGACGACAAGAUGGCUGGUGAUGACGACAUCAAUGACGUAGCGGCCAUGGGUGGCGUCAACUUGGCCGAGGAGACGCAGAGGAUUCUGGGCUCAACGGAGAUGAUCGGCACGCAGAUUAGAUCAUGCAAAGAAGAAUACCUGGUGCCGAUGAGCGUGAUGCAGGCGCGCGUGAAGGCGGCGGCCCAGCGGCACAACCUUGAGGAGCCGUCGCCGGAGGUGGCCGGACUGGUCAGCCACGCGGUGCACGAGCGGCUCAAGAACCUUGUGGAGAAGCUUGCUGCGAUAGCGCAGCACAGGAUAGACCUUAUUGUCAAGACCGACUCGAGGUACGAGGUGACGCAGGACGUGAAAGGGCAGCUCAAAUUCCUGGAGGAGCUGGACCGGGUUGACAAGAAGCGGCGCGAGGAUUCCGAGCGGGAGAUGUUGCUGCGCGCGGCCAAGAGUCGCUCCAAGACUGAGGACCCCGAGCAAGCCAAGUUGAAGGCGAAGGCUAAGGAGAUGCAGCGCGCGGAACUGGAGGAGCUGAGACAGCGCGAGGCGAACUUAACGGCACUGCAAGCGAUCGGGCCGCGGAAGAAGCCCCGACUGGACGGGCCCGGCGGCAGCGCCGGCGACACCGCCUCCAACGGGUCCAGCUCCGGACCGGGAUUCGUGAGUACGGGUCGCAGCCAGCUGGCCCUCCGCACGCGUCUCAAAAGGAUCAACCAUCGAGACAUGGUUUUCCUCCUCGAGCAAGAGAGGGACACCGCACACUCGCCAAUGUUAUUCAGAAGCUAUCUCAAGUGACCGAGCCAGUAACAAUCAGGACUUAAACACGCGGCAUAAACGCGACAACGACUACCUGUACAACCUUUGAUUUAUCUCAUAGUGGAGUGCGUAGUUCCACUGAGAGUUGGAGCGCUUGCCUCAGAAACGCGGGUGACAACGUCCGAACAUUCUAUUUCGUUGUUAAGAGUCAAGCGCUAAAGGUUAGUAAGGCAACUUAACCACGGUGCAACUAGUUGUUCAACAAUUUUUAUGGAACAUUUUGUUUCAUUUAUAAAGGCCGAGCCACUUCCGCUAAGGGUUAGGAACUCAAUGGGAUAAACUUAUUAGUGCAAUUAUUUAAAAUUGAUCGUCUCAAGACUACGAACGCAUAUUUGAAUAUGUCGUAGAUUAUCACGGCGUAUUAUUAUUGUACAACUGUUUUGAGAACAUGUCUAGUUGUAAAACUAUUCUAAAUUUUAUCAUAGACGAUAGUGAAAUAGUGUCGUUAUAAGACUGAAGGUCUUUGUAGUUCCAAUGGUGCGGUAUGUGUAGGUCUAAAAAUCUUCAGAUAGAAAGAUAUACGUCACGAUAACAUUAAAACUAAUUGUACAAGUUUUUAAAAAUAUCUAUUUUUAGAUAGAUAAGUAGCUCCUGCAAUAAUACUAGUACGAUUUCAAUAUAAUGUACUAUUUAUAAGGCUACAGAUAUAUGGAGUCUGGAAUUUGUGCCGGAUAUGGCGAUAGGCUCGCCCCCUAUCACAUCAUGGGACGGAACAUACUUGGCGAAAAGUGGGUGCCCUAGUUGCGCCUCUGCAUACCCCUUCGGGGAUAAAAUGCGUGAUGUUAUGUAUGUAGAUAUUAUAAAUAAAUAAUGUGUCGUGAAGAAUUCACACAAUAUAAGCUCUACAAAUAACACAACUAGUUCUACAUCCAUUUUAAAAUCACUUGUCAUAAGGCUAUGGAUAUGUUGCAUAAAUAUCUGUCGUUACCAGAUCAAGGCAAUAAAGCCAUGACGACACAGUUGACGACCGCUCUCGUGACUACAAUCGCACAAUUCAAUAAAUAGUGUAUCGAUAAAGAAAUUGUAGAAUACAGGCUCUGCAAUGGCACAUCUAGUUGCACAACCAAGGAUGACUGACGUUUAGCUGAGAACAUGUGUUUACAACACAGUCCAAAAACAGUGUGUUGCUAAAGUUACGCACGAAAUAGUUACGGCAACGACACAACUAGUUGUACAUUUGUUUACUACAACCUACGACUGUCGUAUCGACAUGUGGUUGUCGUUAGUUCAGGCCUAAUCAUGUUUGGAUAUGUUUUUGUGCUUACAUGAUCUGGUAUAGUUUUUUAAUCGUUAGACAAUGUCACGAUUCGCGUGACGUUAUGUUUGACAAAAUGGCAAAACAGCGCCUGCUGACGUGCACUGAGUUUGUGCCGUAGUUGUUAUCGUUAGGCAACAUUUGAUGCGCAACAAAUGACGCAUGACUGACAACGGCGCGGCAACGCGUUUUUAAUCAUAAGAACUUUGGAUUUUAUGAAUAUGCGUCUUUGCAAAUGCAUGAAACGCUAUUUUUACAGCUUUGUUAAAUAUAUAUAUUUUUUUGAUGUACAUAUUUCUGUAGUUUAAAAACCUGGGUCUUGAAGAAAUAAACUUGAUCCGCAUUUAUCAACAGCUUUAGCAAAACUUUGCUUGAAGGGGUUUCGACUGCAAUGGCGCCAAAUUUUAAGUCUUGUCCAGUUGAUCUAGGGAAGCUAAUUUCAAACUUCAAAAGUUUGGAAAUUUCAAAGUGCAUAUUUUAGCGUUUUGUCUAGCCAUGACAUGUAAACUAUUGCGUCGAAUCAUGUGGUGCACAUGUCUUUAAAAGUACAGUUGCGCGUCAAUGUUGCCUAAUGAUUCCAUUAAUUAGUAUUAAUCGCAGUACACAGUCGCAGUGAAUGCGAUGUUUUUUUUUUUCAUAUCUUGUUAUGUGUUCAGAGUGGGUUAUUUAUUAAUAAAGUUUCUGGUCAUUCCUAAAUGCCUAUUAACAGCGUUUGACUGGAAUCACAACGUCAAUAGUCAGUGUUGUUGAAAGGGGUUUAUGAUUGAAAAUAUUUUAAGUAUGAUACAAAAUUAUUUCACAAAAGUUGUUGUGUGAGGUGUUUACGUGUUUUUGGUGUUUAGCACAUGACACGGUGUUAUGAAACGCCUACCUACAUAUCUUUUUUCUACGAGGUUUUACUUCGACGGGAAAAAUGAUCGAAUAUUAUAUUUUCGGUACAAAAAUAAAUUAUGACCAUUUUGGUCCACUUUCCCUUUUUGUUUUUCCUAAUGGGGAAUAACUGAGCAGUACGAUAACCCUACAUCGUACUUCAACGUGUUGACCGUUAGGGCUGUCCCCAGGGGAUGGUGGGUGAAAAAGGGCAUACGAGAACAUUUGCUUUAUCAUACUGACUAGCAUAUUUAGUUAUUAGAUCUAAGUUACCCCCGAACGUAACGUACGGGUCAUAUAGCAUUCUUAACGUUAAAAACCCUGUUCGAACACAGGUCCAUAAUAAGUGGAGGGUCGAAACUCAGUCGAUGCGCAGGCGCAUGAGAUGUGCAGAUUUUAUUUCCCUUAAAGAAUUUUUUAGCUAAGCUUUUUUUCGUGUCUAAGUUAUUCGCAUGUAAGCAUACUUUAGCCUCCACAUCGACUUUGCGUCGACUUUGUACUUAAUUAUCUAUAUCUUUUCAUAAGUUAUAAAUAUAUAAUAACCGGUGUUAUUGAAUUGUUCUUCCUACUGGCUCAAUUUAGUACUAUCGGCUAUACUAAGGUAGAUUACAAUCGAACUGAUGUAGGAACAAACUUUUUGUUAACUAUUUGUUUUAAUAUGGCAGGCGCGCACUGCGAUAGAAUAAUCGCACGAUACGUUGAUUAAUAUUACACAAAAACGUUAUAACUCCCUCUAGCCUCUGUUCGUUCUUCGGAGGACUCAAAUGACGCCUGAAUUUAGGAAUUUAGAAUUUGUAGUACGAACUACAUUUUCUGCAUAAUUAAGGUGUCGUGCGAAUUAUUGUCGCAGUGCGCGUUACCCCUUGAAUAUUUUAUUUUGUUUUGAUGAAAAGCGGUAGGUGAGAUAGAUGUGCAGUCAAUCACAUAAAUAGCUGAACAAAUUGAAAACGUGUAUGUGAAGUAAAGUUUUUUAAUUGUAAGAGAAAAUAAUGUUUGUAAGAACACAAAAAUGUACAGGCGAUUGGAAGUUUUGAAUUAGUUCAACUACUCGUGUGGCUGACCUGUAUAUAAUGUAUAUAUAGAAUAAGUUAUCAUAAGUUUAUUUUCCGUACGUUUCGGGAUUCCGUCGAGUACAAACAAAAAAUAUAUUAUACCUUGAAAUAAAACUAUACCCAUUUUUAUCGCAAUAAAUAUAUUAUGCUUGCUGUCCGCCGGCUUAGAAUGUUUGUCCGAGUUUAAAAAUGGAGUUUAUACAGUUUAGUUAAAAUUAUACUUUGCAUAUAUAAUGUUGCGAUAACGCCGUGCAGUUCGGACGGAGUAAGACUUGGAAACAAAAAUCGCGACUUUUUUUUUACAAGAACAAAAUAAUAUUAUACCCGUUACACAAAUGUGGUAUUAGAUUUAAAUUUUCGUUGUAUUUUCCAUCACCUAUGACCUAUCAAUCACUUACAAUCAACAGGGGUUAAAAUCCCUAGCACUGAUGUGUGACCAGACCAUUUUAUUUUUUGUAAUGAAUUAUAAUCAUGUAUAUACUAAACGACGGCAUAAAAAAAAGUGUAUCGACGGAAUCUAGACACGAUAUGUCAAUUUUUUUUUAUAAAAACCAAAGUUGAUAAUUUUUUUUUUAAAUCGAUACAUUCCUUUGCGAAGUAAACAGAUGUUUUAAUCAUAGAUUUUUUGUUAUUACGGAACAGUAGGAACUUGGUGUUAUUGAUGUUUAAUAUUUAUGACGUAUACCCGUGACACAGUCAAUCAUACAGGCGACGGUAAGGGACGGUGAGGCCUGUGAUAGCUACCGGAGCAUUGUGUCUCAUUUACAGUAGUUUAGGUGAUUGCAGAUAAGCUGUAUCUCAGUAUAUAAUAUACCGAUUUUCCUCAUACAAUAUAAAUAAGUGAUCAUGAUAACUAUUCUGAUAAACGAAAUUGAUCCGUUACAGCAACACUGGGUGUCCGUACCUGCAGCGCCUUCCUCACGUCGCAAUGAGACGGUAUGAGUAGACUGUGCCGUAGGAUUGUUUGAUGUUGUAUUUCCCGGCUUCCAUAUACUUAAUGUAUUAACCUGUCAGAUAUGUCUGAUUGUAUUAACACCUCAAAUCUGCUUAAAUUCAUUAAUAUUAAAAAUCAUAUUCGAAUGUUUGUAAUAAGAGUUGAUCAAACACGAUUAAGAUGACGGAUGAUACUAUUUAAGCAUGAUAUGGAGAACUCUUUAUUAAAAAUAUUUUGACGUCAACUCGCAUUCUAUCUAAUAUAAAAUAAAAUAUAUAAAUACUUCCUUCACAAUAUUACAUUAUAAAAUAUAAAGCCAUUAUCGAUUCUUUUUACAAUUCGAAUGAAUUAAGAAAUCAUAUUUGUAUUUCAACCAUUUGUAAUAUAUUGAGAUAAAAUGAAAUAACUGUUGUAUUUAUUCUAAGGUGUAGAAAUGAUUGAAUUUAAUGUUGUAAUUUUUUACUUUAGUUUCUUUUGUGCCUCAUUUUGUUACAUAUUGGUAAGGUUUAUAGCAUACCCGUGUUAUUGCUCGACGUAUACGAUUAUUUAAAAAGCUUAUUUGCAAUUUCGAUCAAUUCUUACGACAGCGAUAAAAAAAUAUGAAAAUAUAAAAUAAUAUAUAUAAAAAAGGGAUCGAAAGGAUAGAAACUGCAGAUGAACUUAUGACAUACAAAUGAACUGAUCUUAACAAAAAAAAUUAUAGGUCUACCAGGCCACAAUAGAAAUCGACUACGCAGUUCAUUCAGGGUGUGUAGCAAAAAUAUUUUUUAUCGUUGACUUAACAUUUAACCACCACAAAGACUCUUGGUAUAACUUGACUUACGCAUUAUUCAUCGCUUUACAGGUCAGUACUUUACAUACUGAAUUGUUCAGCUGUAUUAGCAUCAUUUGUGAAGCCUGUUUAAGGAUGUAAAAACAGUCUGAUUUAUGUUAUUAAGAAUAAUAAUGGGUAUGCCAAAUGCCAAUAUUGUGAUAUUAUUAUGUAACAAAAAGUAUCAAAGUGAUUAAUUGCAAGGUAGUAUUUUGCUUUAAAUUUAAACAUUCGUAUGUUUGAUCUACAGGUUGAUUCUAGUUUUCUGAUUAUGAUUUUGACUUCAGUGAUAAAAACUUAUUAAACAAUAAUCUCCCUGAUAUUUUUAGUAGUUUUGUAUCUGUAUUUAGUGUGUAUGUAAUACAAGUGUCAUUAUAAAUAAGCAAACAAUAAAAAUACUUCUAAAUCUUUGUUUACUCUGCAUUAAGAAUAAUUAAUGGUGGAAUAUGUAACUAUGUAAUCAUUGAUGUUACUUGUCCAUACACUUCCUACUGUCUGGCUAUGAUGUAAUAGCAAUACUAUGUCUUCAACAUGUAUUGGUUAUAUAUUUUUGUUCAGAACUUUGGUGAUCAAAAAAUAAAUAAUGUCCAAAAAA